AUGUGGCGCGUGGUGAUCGGUGCCACGCGGCUGACUCAGCUGGGCCCUGAGGCCCAGGUGCGCAACAUCAAGCGGCUGCUCCUUCACCAAGGCUACAGUAACAUCACGCAGAGGAACGACAUUGCCUUGCUGGAGCUGGACCAGCCUGUGCAGUGCAACGCCUACGUUCAGCUUGCCUGCGUGCCCGAUGCCUCGCUGAGAGUCUCGCAGCUGAAAAACUGCUACGUCAGCGGCUGGGGUGCCACGACUGCAAGAUCUGGACGAUCAACGGAUGUGCUGCAGGAGGCCCAGGUCCGCCUCAUUGAUGUCAACGUCUGUAACAGCAGCCGGUGGUACAGAGGGGCCAUCCACACGCACAACGUCUGUGCUGGCUAUCCGCAGGGCGGCAUUGACACCUGCCAGGGGGACGGCGGUGGGCCUCUCGUGUGCCAAGACAGCAGUGCAGACUACUUCUGGCUUGUUGGUGUCACCAGCUGGGGGAGAGGCUGUGCCCGAGCCAGGCAGCCCAGAGUCUACACCUCCACUCAGCACUUCUACGACUGGAUCCUGCUACAGAUGGGCCUGCGCCCAGCAGCGAGGGCUACUCCAACAGCACGCGCUUGGGGUCAUUUUGUCACCACCUCAAGCCCCGUUCCGAGGCCAAGGCCCACAGCAGCGCAGUCGGGCGGCUCCUGCCCAUUUCCAGUCCAGAAGCUGCUGGACUUCUUUAGCCGGCUGCAGGAGCUCCUGCAGUACCUAAGGGGAAAAACGGUGUGA